AAAUCCUGGGUUACUAAGCUUCUGACUAUGUAUAUUUGCGGAACUGUUGACAACAAAGUCAAACGUAUAGCGUCAGAAGUAGCUUGAUGGACAAAAAAAAAAUAGUUUUUCUCUCCCACCCCUUCCUUCCUAUCUUCCUUCCUCUGGACCAAAACUACGCAUAAUUCUGGAGGAUCCACUGUAGUCACAGUGACAAAGCACGCGUUGCCAGUAUUUCACAUCCACAAAGUGAUCACAAUGAUCACUUGGAAAUGUGUCCCCUAUAUGUAACCUUUUAUUAAAAACAAUUUACAUCAAAUAUAGCCUAGCAGUGCGCGCUCUCGGUGAAACGCAGCAUCAGCACCACUAACUGAUGCGCGUCCCCGCCCCGGCAGAGGCUACCCGAGAUCCCGGGAAGAGGAGUUGGAACUGCGCGAGUUAAAGUUGGGAAAAGGGGGGUGAAAGGAUGCUACCGUGCCCUGUGGAUAGGAGAACACAAUCUACGAUCUAAUUAACAUAGCAUGUGCGGAGACGCGUGUCCUCUGUAAAGGAUGUUUUGCAAAAUAUUGAGCAUAAGCCUUUUAUUUUGGGGUUUUCAAGAAUGCUCAUCACAUGAAUGUGUUGAUCCCUUGGUAACUUCGCUCUAUGCCAACUCCUUCUUGGCCUCUUCCAGAUAUAACUUUUUGUACUCGGCCAACUUUGCCAAAUUGUAUGGGAGCAGUGGCUGGUCCCCGUCCCCCCGGGACAGACAGCCCUGGCUGCAGAUUGAUCUGAAGAGGAAGUACCGCAUCCAGGCCAUCGCCACCCAGGGCACCUUCAAUUCCUAUGACUGGGUCACCAAGUACACCCUUCUCUAUGGUGACCGCCCCGACUCCUGGACGCCUUACGUUAUGAAAGGAGGGAACUCGACGAUGCCUGGGAACUGGAACUACCACCAGGUGAAGAGGAAUGUGUUCCACUAUGCCUUCACAGCCAAACACAUCCGCCUCCUGCCCCUGGGGUGGAACACAGAGAAUGGAGGCAAGAUUGGCGUCAGGCUGGAGGUGUUUGGCUGUGCUUACGACUCCUACGUGAUGCAGAUGAACGGGGACGACUCGGUGGCCUUCAUGUUCCCAGGGAAGAGGUUCCGGACCCUGCAGGACCAUUUUGCCGUGAACUUUAAGACCCUGGAGCAGGACGGGCUGCUGCUACACAGUGAGGGAGUCCAGGGAGACAUCUUGUCCCUGGAGCUGAGGAAAGGACGCCUCGUCCUCACCAUUGGCCUAGGAAGCAGUACGGUCAACCAGGUGGACGGUCGGACCACAAUGACCGUUGGCAACAUACUAGAUGACCAGCACUGGCAUUACGUCACCAUCAAGCGCUACGGUCGACAGGUCAACUUCACAGUGGACGCUCACACUGAGACGGCCAUUAGCAAAGGAGAUUUCACCUACAUAGACCUGGACACUCAGAUGUAUGUGGGCGGAGUGAUUGAGCCCAAUGUGCCCCACCUCCCAGAGGUUCCUAACUUCCGUGGCUGCCUGGAGAACGUCUUUAUCAAUGGGAUCAAUGUCAUCAACAUGGCCCAGGACCAGGUGCCUGAGAUACGCAUCCCUCGGCAGAAAAAGAUGCACUACGCGUGCCGUGACAUUCUGUGGAAACCCAUGACCUUCGCCGGGCCCAACAACUACCUGCAGGUGCCUGGGUUCUUCAGGAAGCCUCGGAUGUUUGUCAAGUUUAAGUUCCGUUCCUGGGACUACACAGGCCUGCUGAUGUUUACACGCUUCGCUGACGACCUGGGAGCCUUGGAGCUGGGCCUGAGUGAGGGACAGGUCAAUGUCACGCUCUUUCAGCCAGGCAAGAAGAAACUACAGUUCGCAGCAGGUUACCGUUUGAAUGACGGUUUCUGGCACACGGUAGACGUAGCAGCCAGGGACAACCUACUGUCCAUCACCAUAGAUGAGGAGGAGGGCUCUCCGCUGAAAAUCACCAACCCCUUCACUGUCCGCACAGGGGACCGCUACUUCUUUGGAGGGUGUCCGAAGACUAACAACACGAUCAGGAAGUGUGAGACCAAGCUGAACCACUUCCACGGCUGCAUGCAGCAGAUCUUUAUCGACAACGAGCCGGUGGACAUCGACAUCAUCCUGCAGCGACGCUGGGGACGCUACGCUGAACUGUUGUUGGGCACCUGUGGUAUCACUGACAGAUGUACUCCAAACCCCUGUGAACACGAGGGCAGAUGCAUCCAGUCCUGGGAUGACUUCAUAUGUCUGUGUGAGAACACAGGCUACAAAGGGGAGGUGUGCCAUAUGUCGGUCUACAAAGAGUCAUGUGAGGCCUACAGACUUACUGGUAAAUCCUGGUCAGGGAAUUAUACCAUAGACCCGGACCUGAGCGGACCCUUGAAACCAUUCGAGGUGUACUGCACGAUGAAAUCCGACAAGGCAUGGACGAUAGUGAUGCAUGACCGUAUCGACGGUAUCAAGGUGACCGGUAGCACGGUGGACCGUCCUUACAUAGGAGACGUCAACUACUGGAAUGCCUCCUGGGACGAUGUCACAGCACUGGCCAACACCUCCAUGUACUGUGAACAGUGGAUCGACUACUCCUGCUACAAGUCACGCAUCCUCAACACGCCCAAUGGAAGACCUUACAGUUUCUGGAUUGGUCGAAAUAACGAGAGUCACGAGUACUGGGGCGGGGCUUUCCCUGAGAGUGGGAAGUGUGGCUGUGCUAUCAACCAGACCUGCACUGAUGCCAGGUUUCACUGUAACUGUGACGCUGACUACCGCCAAUGGUACUCAGACAAGGGCUAUCUGAUGUGGAAGGACCACCUCCCAGUGAGGAAGGUGGUGGUGGGGGACACCAACAGGACGGGGUCAAAGGCCCACAUCAGCCUCGGGCCCCUACGUUGCCACGGCGACAGGAGCAUCUGGAAUACCAUAUCGUUCACCAAGCCCACCUACAUCGAGUUCCCCACCUUCAGGCCAGGCAGCACCGUCGACAUCUCCUUCCUCUUUAAAACCUACCGCCCCCACGGAGUCUUCUUGGAGAACUCAGAUGACUGGCUCCGUAACUUCAUACGCAUUGAGCUCAACACCACCCAGAACCUGGUCUUCAUAUUCAUGGUGGGAGACGGCAUCCUCAACGUGACGCUACGCUCACCGGUGCCUCUAAACGACAACGAGUGGCACUUUGUCCAGGCAGAGCUCAACGUGAAGUUGGCCAGGAUCAAGGUGGACUACCAGCCAUGGGCUGUGAGACGCUUCCCUGGCCAGACCUUUGUCACCAUGGAGUUCACCCACCCUCUCCUCGUGGGCGCAGCCAAUCGCACGCUGUGGCCAUUCCUGGGCUGUCUCCGAGGGUUACGAAUGAACGGUGUAACCCUUGACUUGGAAGGCAAAGCGAAUGAGGAACAGGGUAUACGGCGGAACUGUACGGGCCAGUGUCUGAACGCGACCAUACCGUGUCGAAACGCCGCCCAGUGUAUCGAGGGCUACGCCGCCUACACCUGUGACUGCGGCAACACUGCCUUUGACGGAUUCUACUGCCACAAAGACAUCGGGGCCUACUUUGAGAUAGGAUCGUGGUUGCGCUACAACAUCAGAAAGAAGCCUACGACCAAUGAAGAGUGGUGGGCUAACUGGCUGGACCCCCACUACCACAACUUCAGCCUGGGCUACAACGACACCAGUGAUGAGAUAGAGUUCAGCUUCAGUACCUUCCAGACGCCGGCUGUACUGCUCUACAUCAGCUCUUUCGUCCAGGACUACAUGGCUGUCAUCCUGAAGAAAGAUGGAACCUUAGACAUGAGGUAUAGGUUGGGGUUGAUUACCCACAAGUACCAGUUGUCCUUCAGGAACCUGGCAGAUGGAUACCCCCACUACGUCAACAUAACCAGACACAACAGGACCAUCAGGACACAGGUGGACUACAUGGAGCCGAUAGUGGAGAAGAUCACCCUAGUGGAGGACGGCAGGUUUGACUCACCCAAGAACAUCUUCCUGGGGAGAGUGAUGGAGGUGGGUGACAUUGACUAUGAGAUCCAGAGGCAUAACAGUCCUGGUCUGGUGGGCUGUAUAUCUGGGGUGAGGUACAACAUCUACGCCCCUCUUAAGACCCUCUUCCGGCCGAACGAGACGGAACCGCCGGUCACCGUGCAGGGCUUCGUCUCCGAGUCUAACUGUGGGGCCUUCCCUCCUGUCCAUGGAUAUGUCCCCUGGGAGGCGGACCACUGGUUCACUUCUAUAGAAUACAUCUAUAUCCACGAUGACCUAGGCCUGUUUUGGUUGACAGUUGUCGUCGCCGCGGCCGUGAUAUUGCUGUUCAUUGGUCUGUACAGCAUCUACAUCUAUCUGUACCGUUACAAGGGCAGCUACCACACCAACGAGCCCAAGAACUUCCUGGAGUCCCCUGGAGGCAGCAGCUCCAGGCCCCUGACAGGGACCCUGGAGAAGAAGCGAUAUCCAGCGAUAGAGGAAGACUUUCGGAGUGACUAGCCUCAGGCUGGGGAACGGUGGGAGGGAGGAGGGGGUGGGAGGGAUUGAACUGGGGCGGUUUUGGGGCUUAAAACAACCACAAUACCUGUUUAUGUUUUAUAAUUCCUUUAACUAUUUGAUUCACAUUUCGGUUUUGUUUUCCUUUCCCCAGGUAUGUGUUAUCUUAAGCCUGGUGUUCGACAUAGUGUUGUUUUUCUGACGGGUUCACCGUUUUGCAGGCUUUGGAGAUCAAAUCAAGCCCGUAUUGCGUGAGUGACGACUGACCAAGCUCACACUGUAUUGAAGGGUUGACCAACUGAAGUGCCUCGACAGAGCAAAACGAGAUCAGAAAUAACCCCACGAGUUCAUUCAGGGUUUGAGACAUAAACUGAGGGAAUUAGAUUUCAGGUCACGUUGAAUUGUGACCUUUUUACAUCUUACUAAUAUCCUCACACGCAGUAACACGUAUUCAGCAGCCUCUUCUGGUUUGUAGGUCUGUUAUUGAGAUCACUUGAUAGAGCAAUGCCAUCUACUGUGUAACUCUUUCCGACAAUCCACUCUUGCAGCCAUUUUGAUAAAGACAUCCAAACUAUCCCACUCGUCCCAUCCUUUGACUAGUGAGCCAGGAUCCACCACAGAGAGAUGCCGCAACGGUGCCGCAACAACAACCGCAGCAACAACAACAACAACAACAAGCACAAUCUGGCAUCUGCAAACAGUCUUUCCUGCUUAACACCAAUUGAAGAAGCUAUAAAAAGCAUGGAGCUCUAAGCUUUGACAUGACAUAUCUAAAGAAUAAUGGAAGGCAUAUAAACAUAUAUUUGUUGUAUUUCAGCCUAUGAAAUUGCAUACCUAUACAAAAGAGGAACAUGUAUUAAUGGUUAGUUUCAUUAGAUAGCAGCUUGGCCAAUUACAGCUCUGCUCUGCGAUUCCUAACCCGAUUCCCAACCAAUCAACUAAGCAGUCAUGUACGAUCAACAAAACAUACGGAAUACAUGUGACAUUUGGCUCGGAAUAUAAGACGAUCGCCAAUAUUCUUCUUCAGAAUCCUCAGAGUAACAUAUGAAAUGGGUGGGUAGCGCUAAGAAGCCGCGGUAGUUUGGCGUUUCCCCAACGGUAGUGCUAUCGUGUUGGUGUGAGACUGACCGUUGGUGCACUGCAGAAAAGGGAAUGGCGAUGUUGAACCAGGGACAGGACAACCUUAUUGCUAUUAAUCCUCACCCCACGCUUCGUUUUCUGUUUGACUUCCAGUAGCGAGUGAACAUGCAGCCAAAAUCGUAAUUUUUAAAAUAUAUCUUUUUUAAAUGCAGCCAAAAUCUGGGUGCUAUUUCAGAUUCAGAGGUCCCGGCGUGGAGGGGCCCCUACCAACAGCAGCCCUGUCGAUCAGCCUGGUCAGGACUCAUUACAAAUGUCUUUCAGGAAAAGAGCUGCUCCGCAUGAACAUCUGGACAUGCAAACACACACUCACACACGCACACGCACACACACACACACACACACACACACACACACACACACACACACACACACACACACACACACACACACACACACACACACACACACACACACACACACACACACCCACACCCACACACACACACACACACAGGCAUAUUGUAUAGAGGACCACAACAAUGUCAAUGCCAGUCUUGUACUUCUUCUCACCACACUAGAUUAUUUUUGCAUCUGACUGCUCUGUAGGACAGUACUGUGCUGUGCCCUCCCCCCGCUGCUGUUGCUUCUUACUUGCUGGGGACCGGUUGAAUCAACGUUGUUUCCACAUUAUUUCAAUGAAAUUACAUUGAACCAACGUGGAAUAGACGUUGAAUUGACGUUUGUGCCCAGUGGGUAGGUGCUUCUUAUGGUGCUUCUCUUCCUUUAGGUCCAAUGAUAUUUCCCUGUCUGGAAAGUCACGAUUUCAGGUUAGACGGUGGGUGAGGUUACGGUCAGGGAAGAUGUUCCCAGUAGGUGAAACGUCAUUGGACCCAUGUAAUGUGUGGCGUGGUAGCCAAAGCUUAGGUCUCUGACAUCAUCACCCAGCGCCCUUUGAAGCUCAAGCAGUAAUACAUCAUAGGAAAAAAAGAGAGAAAUCACAAGAGCAUUUUGAAAAUCAUAAGCUAUGAAUAUAUAGAGCAUGAUGAUCGCACCUUGCAAUGAAAUGCAAUAAAAUCAGCCGCUUCCAGCUCAGAUCACCUAAAGAUAUAUUUUUUUGUGUCUGUUCCGUUCGCAGCAACUUGCAGCAGUUAGGAUCCUAGACAUAAUAUGUAUUACGUGAAUAUAUGAAUAAGGUGUUUAUCGACUUUUUCAUUCCUAUGGUUUGUAAUGAAACAGUUGAAAAUGAGGCUGAGAGGUUUGAAUGUAAAUCCUAAUCUUGACCCUGUAAUAUGGACAGGCUCUGCACCAAGACCUGCUCUGCUCCUCUCUGUGUGUUCUCUGUUAUGGUAUGUACACUCAUUAAACAGAAAACUAUUCAGCAUAGCUUUCUCACAUGUUCAGGAUGUGGACAAUACAGUACCCUCCCGAUGUUUCAGUAGAAACAUCAUAGAACAUAUUUCAACAUCUUUGGUUUAGCCCUGUUAAAGAGGACAACCCGUUAAGACUAGAUGGUAAAAAGCAUUACAAUUACAAUCAAUUAGAAGAUAGAAUUGGCAAUGCCUGGCUUUUUCCCAAGCCAUAUUUGUAAGAAUGUACCAUUUUCAAUUGUAUAAAUGUUAGCAUUGGGCAAUUAGAGUAGUAACAUGUUCCACCUCUGGAGAAAUAAGAAUGAUUUGUUUUUUGUACAGAGAUGAACAAUCACCUGUUACAGAGUUCAUAUUAAAACAGUCAACAACCUGGGUCAAAUGUGCUUUGAAGCCUUUUAGUCGACUUAUUGAUAUAUUAUGUAAAUGUCUACACUGCGAUGCGUUUAUUUGAAAUGGACUACAGUACAUGUGCAUCCUGCCGAGCCUCACUGCGAUGCGUUUAUUUGAAAUGGACUACAGUACAUGUGCAUCCUGCCUAGCCUCACUGCGAUUCCACACAUUAGCUAGUCCAUCCAUGCGUGGUCCCUGGAGUGUGUGUGUGCUUGAAUGUACAGUAGACAUGUUGGUUUGUGUGUUCACAGUUCUGUUUGUCACCUAACCCUCCCUACUGAUGAUGAGGAUAGUCUCUGCACUGAUGAUGUGAAUGAUCCAACUCACUUGUUGUCGUCCACCAAUAGCAGAUAGUGAUUGGGUGCUGUCCAGACAGGCUCCUCCCUCCUCAGAUGUUGCUCUACAGCUUUUUGAUAAUCAGUGGCUACACUGAAAAGAACAGGAAGACCAGAACAUUGUUUAUGCUCCCAAAUUCACCGCUUUAUUGACAAUGUUUCGAUCCGAACCGGAUCUUCAUCCGGUCAAAAUAUCAGUAUUUUUAAGGAUUUGCGUAUGACCACAAACUUUACUACACUGUAUGACACCAUCAGCUCUUAGAGCUGUGCUGAUUGGCAGUCUAUAGCAAGUUCCCUACCUUACACUCUUAGAAAAAAGGGUUCUUCAGCUGUCCCCGUAUGAGAACAUUUUUUGGUUCCAUGUAGAACCCCAAAAGGGUUCUACCUGCAACCAAAAAGGAUUCUUCAAAGUGUUCUCCUAUGGGGACAGCCAAAUAACCCUUUAUGGUUCUAUCUAACACCUUUUUUUUUCUAAGAGUGGAAUAUCAACUUAGCUGCCGAUCAACUUGGCCAACCGUAUAGGGUGACCGACCGAGUGAGCAGCUAAGGUUCUCUGUGUAAAGGAGACUCAAAUGUAAUAAGGGGUUGAGGGAGCGAGCACAAGGGUGAAGGAGACAAGGAUUCUGUUCGUCCUACAAGCAGGGUCAUAUGCAUAGCAUCAUAUGACAGACUAGUGUUGGUCCCUACAGUGGAGGAGACAGAGCUAGGGCCAGGCUAGAGGGAGGAGCAGGCAGGGGAGUCUAAGAGGGCCAGACCCCUCUGUGGGUCGCUACCCUAUAGAAUCUUGCAAGAGGGGGCACCAGACAGUUAGUGACUGUAUGACCUAAUGUAGCAGGUGUAAAAUAAAUGCCUGAGCGGGGUCCCCACAUCUGGUUUUCAGGGGGAAAAGAAGCUAGGUUGAAGAUACUGUAUCCCUGAAAACCGGAUGUUUCAGGUUUCGUAAAACCCUGCUGAAGGUGGUAACCGACUGCAGGACUUUGUGUUUGUGACCACACUGAAACCGUGGAGUUUUUGUUCUCUCCCUUUCUGUUAUGUUGGUUUUGUUUUGUAAUAAUUUCACUGUAAAUGACCAUAACUAUGUUAAUCAAAGCAAAACCAAACUGACACUUCAAUAAAGAAUCCUGAA